GCUCGCGCUGUUCUGUAUAGGAACGCCACCUAAAGAGACGGCCAAAGUUGCGCAUCUCGAGGCUCGAGGUGGAAAAAAAAAAAAAAAAAAAAGCUAUCGCGCCGAGCUUUGGUGACAGGACAGAGCCGCGAGGGUGGACCAUGGAAAAUUCCACGAUCGAGCGGUAGGGCGUGGAAAAGGAGCGGUGGCAGCUCUCGUGUGGUCGUGCUUGGGGUGUAGUUUUUCCGGAACUAUAAGUAUGUCAGCGAAGCCAAGGGUCCAGCAGCUGUGGAGGCUCGCCGGAAUCGCGUCCCGGAAUCCCUGUCUGAAUUUGAGGUGAUUUUGGAUGUACUUGGUGAAGUAGAGGUCAGCCCAAAAAGAACCCAACCAACAGCCACCAGCUAAAAUGGAGAGCUCCGAAAGGUACGAGGAAUCGCCCGCGUACAAAACACCACCGGCUUACUACGUGCGCAGAUUUGCAGACAUGGUACCAGCCCGCGUAGUCCUGUACAUGCUAUCCUUUUCGGGCUUCGUCGUCUCGUUCAUGAUGCGAAUGGACAUAAACAUCGCCAUGGUGUCGAUGGUCAAGUACCAAUCGGCCAACAACCUCUCGUUGUCCAUAAGCUGCAACGCCGCGCCGGUCAACGCGACGCAGGAAACAUCCGAGAACGUCAGUUUACCAGCCAAGGCCGAAGACGAGGGCGAAUUCGACUGGAGCCCAGCCAUCCAGUCGACGAUGAUCGGCUCUUUUUACUGGUGUUACAUCCUGUCUCAAGUGGUCGGGGGCGUGUUGACCCAGUACCUCGGCACCAAGACCGUGUUCGGUGGCUCGCAGCUCAUCACGGCCAUCUGCAGCUUGCUCAUACCAACUGCCGCCGAAUUUCACUACGGCGCUAUUAUCGCCCUCCGCAGCGUUCAGGGGAUCGCUAGUGGACUGACGUGGCCGGCCAUGUACGCAAUUGUUGGAUUAUGGAUACCCGCAGUCGAACGUUCCAGAUUUAUGUCGUCAUUUCAAGGCUUCAGUUUCGGCAUCGGCAUCACUUACCCCCUGGCUGGCUUCAUCAUAGCGAAUUACGGCUGGCGCCUGGUGUUCUACACGACCGGCGGUAUAGGCCUCGUUUGGUGCGUCUUUUGGUACUUUUUCGCCUUCGACUCGCCGAGCUCCCACCCCCGCAUUUCCACCGAGGAGUUCCAGUACAUUCAGGGCAGCAUCAGCGGAGUCACUAGCGACAACAAAGAGGGAGUGUCAGUGCCGUGGCGAUCGAUCCUCACCUCGUGGCCGGCCUGGUCUAUCGGUAUCACGACUUUCGGGCGAAUUUGGGUCCACUACGUGUUCAUCAUCACCGGGCCCAUGUACAUCAAGACCGUUCUCGGACUCGGCAUUCAAGCUAACGGCGUGCUGUCCGGUGCACCCUUCAUCUGCAGCUACUUUGGCUCCGUCGUGUUUUGUUACAUCGCCGAUCUACUGGUCACUAAACAACUGCUCUCGCUGACCAACGUCCGUAAAAUAUUCACCGCCAUGUCUCAAGUCAUUCCUGGGAUUCUAGUUGUGUUCAUCGGUUACCUGGGCUGCAACAUAGUCCUGGCGCUGACCGUGUGGUUCGUCGCCGUGACUCUCAUCACAGCCGCGUACGCCGGAGCGAUGGCCAACAUCGUCGACAUCGCCCCGAAUUUCGCCGGGCCCGUGCUGGCAUUUGCACAAACCAUUCACAUGACGGCCAGUUUCCUCUCACCUCUGGCUGCCGGCUGGCUCACCCAGGAGAGCCAAUCGCUGGACGCGUGGCAGCGGGUGUUCAUCGUGACGGCGUGCGUGGCCUGCGGCACCUACGUCGUCUACCAGAUCUUCGGGACCGCGGAGAUCCAGCCCUGGAACUACCCCGAUCAAAAAAAGUACCCCCAAUCGUCGGCCGAGGAUUCGCAGCCGCUCAGCGACUCGCCGACUCACAGGCAGCCGAGUAUCGUCCCCAAGAAACCGAAAAACAACCAUUCCGCCGGGGUCUAAUGCGCAUACACCCCCACCCCCCGGACCUCCUUUUGUUUACCCAUCGAAAGCGAGAUUUGAGAAAUUGCACGCGAGCGCGCAUCGACGACAUGCUUAAUUGUUGUUCCACUCUGACACCCUUCUCUCGACGACAUCUACUGUAACAACUGCACGCUCGAGUACACCGUGUACUCAUGGUGCGUUGUGCACAAAAAAUCCAUCUAUCCUAUGUACCUUGUACUUACAAGACUAUGGUACGGAAAAUGGUGUGUGUGAAGGAAUUCGUGUCGGGUACAUCGAUAUUGGUGCGUGAUAAUCGGCGUCCACCUGUACGCGUGUAUGUUUGUGUGUCCCAAACGCGCGAGGAGUUUUCGGUGGAGGGCUGAACCGAGAUAAGACUCCUCAACUUCUUUUUCCGGCCGCAGUUCUGUCGAGCCACGCGAUAAAUGUAUUUAAAAAAAAAAAAAAAAAAAAAAAAACCAUUAAAACUUACUAUCAUUCCGAGAACUGGUUCAGCUAAAUAAUCAUCGAUGAGGGCGUGUACUGUAUUAUUUGUCUCAUUUCCUUGAAUCUUAACGAGCUGCCCUGAAGGUGUGGGGUGCCUCCCAUAAGGUGUUCUCGCCCCUGUUGGCUGCUGGUUACAUGCUAAGCGGAGCGAGAACACGGUGUUGGCUGUUUGUUGUAUAUAUAUGCACGUGCUCUCGAUUUUAGACAUUUCGACACGGCGUCAACUAUAUGCCUCGGAUUUCUUCGAGUAGGACAUUGAGCGCUCGCCGCUGGUAUUCGUACAAUGUUCAACGUGGCCCAUUUCUAAAUUUAACUUUUUCGUACUUAUGAAAAUUGUGUAUCGUAAAGGGUUAUUCGUUAUUAAAGAUAAAGAGGCUUAAUACAAUAUGAUUUCAAGAGUCACUGUUACACACGAGGAGGCUACGGUUUGUGCACUCGUGUAAAGCAUUGAUUAGCGAAGGAAGCGCGCAGAUACUUAAACUCUUGUUGGAAAGUGAAAAGUCUAGAUCUGUCUAAAGAAUCCUCCCCCCCCACCCCCUUUUUUUUCAUUACGUGUAUGUGUUUUUUAUUCCACGCACGCUAUAUUUAUAUACAUAAUAUAUUUUUACAAAACCGUAUGGAUACGUAUUCGUUAAGUAUUUUUCCUCUGCGAGGAUAACCAGUUCGUCUUGCACAUAGUAAUACUGUACAUUUUUUUAUUUGGACAAGUACAAGAGGUACAGCCACUUGUUUGCUUAAAAGUCUCACGGGGAGAGACGAGCAAUGAUGAGCGAAACGUCAGAACGACGCGUCGAAUUUAUGUCAUUGUUUUCUUUUUUUUUUUUUUUAAUUGUACCUAAUACUUUAGUGCGUUGCAUUUCACAGUCUUGGAAUGCUGAAUCGUUGUCAUUUGUAUAUUUCAGGUCCAAGGAAUUCGUACAAUUAGAAACAGUACUUUGUCUAAAAAAAAAUAAUCUAAAGGUAUAUACCUUAACUACACACUGCACGGGCAAUUAUAGAUCUCAUGCGAAAAAAAAAAAUUUUUUUUAAUCUAAUGGAUGAUGAUUGUUUUUCGUGUACUUUGUUAAUCGCGCCUCGUACUUGCCCUAUCUUAGAUAAAAAAAACAUUUUUUUUUUGUAAACUGCUGUCAGUGAGAAAAACUUGAAAUGUAUGCGCUCUGUAACGUUUAUACAUAAUAUAUUAUCUAAAAUAUUUUUAAGUAUUAUAUUUUUAAAUACUUUUUACGAAAGCAUUGAUGUUUAUUUUCUCGUCUUUUUAUACAAGAGAAAUAUGUAUUUAUAUAUUGUAUAAAUAAUCAUCAUGUAUAGUGUCAGUGCCUUGUGGACCAAAAAAGUUGAUGACAAUUUAACAAAAAAAAAACAAAAAAAUGUUUAGCCUAUUAUUUCU